AAGAUUUUGUCGUUAUCCAAUCUUUGGCUGUAAGUGGUGGCUGUGAAUAUGGUGGAAAUGUUCUCUCCACUGAAUGAUAAAAGGAGCCCAGCAGCACACACUUGAUUUGUCUCCAGACUGAAGACGGAGCUAUGGGAUAAACAGUCUUAAUAAACCUGGUGGUGAAUCACUCAACACCAUGCGGAAAUCUGUGAAUUUAAUCUCUCUGCUCUGCUGCCUUGUUUAUCUGCUUGGACCUCAUAUAGGAGUUCUUUCGGAUGCACAUGAAUGUCUCAGGAUCUCAGUCAGUGCAAACCCUGUGCACUGGGGAUCAUCACUGGUUGCUACCUGCAAAAUAAUAAACACCUCCUGUAUUAUGGGCUCUAUCACUCAUGCCUCUCAGAUAAUGUGGCAACUGGAUAAUAUGUACAUUGCGAAGACACAAUACACAGUUGUGGACAGGACCAUGUCCCAGGUCAACAUUUCUGCUUUCAAACAAACAGUUGGAAAUCUCAGCUGUGAGAUUCUGCCAAGAGCAGGAGGGAUUCUGCAAAAUGGAGUGCAAAUCCAAGCUGGCUUUCCUCCAAUGAAGCCAACAAAUUUAACCUGUGUAACAAGCUGGAAGGAAAAAAUCAGCAUGACAUGCAGCUGGGAUCCAGGCAGAGACCCUUACAUCCGAACAAUCUACACACUCCGCAGAAUAAAGAAUCUGGGUAAGUGUCAUAAUCAUGGAAUGGAUGCAGAAUGGAGUGACUGCUUUUCUCAAGAUUCCCAUUCCUGUACUGUGCCCCGUGACAAACUCCGUCUCUUCUCCACUGAUGAUAUCUUUGUUCUUGCGGAGAAUGAACUUGGAUCCCAAGUAUCUGAAGUCCUGUGCCUUGAUGCAAUGGAUGUAGUGAAGCUAGAGCAGCCUGUCUAUCCCAUCAUACAAGCAGAUCAACAAAACAGCCACUGUCUGAUUAUAAGCUGGACAAUGAAUAUUAAACGGCAAAUUAAAUGCCAGUUGCAGUACAGAGAACAUGGAGAGUCUGCCUGGAGACAGAUGGUGGCUGUCAUCAACCAACUGCAGAAAGAGGCGCGCCUGUGCCAGUUGUCACCAGGCACUGAGUACCUAAUCCGUCUACGCUGUAUGUUACAUGAUACAACUCGAUACUGGAGUGACUGGAGCGCAGAAUACUCUGGACGCACUGCAGAAAGCCCUCCUGUAGGGAUACCUGAAGUCUGGUGGCAUUUUGAAGGUCCUGUUCAAGAUGAAAACAUGUACCUUCGAAUGUUUUGGAAAGAACUGAAGGAGUCAGAAAUGAAUGGGAAGAUCCGUGGCUACAGAGUGACAUUUGGAUGUGAACCUGACACCAAUCAUCCUGAGGUCACUUUGUGCAAUACAACAAGUUUGAGCUGCAGAAUCUCAACUCCGAAAGGAGAUGGCAACAUCUGUGUUCGUGCUUACAACGGUGCUGGGCACUCACCUGCUGCAUUGCUGGCACUGCCGACUCUCCACCAGACAGGUAUUGCUGCUCUUCAUCCAUUCGUAAACAUCAUCCCGAUUACAGAGCAUAGUCUCCAAAUUUAUUGGACACAUCCAAGCAUCCCAGUUCUUGGUUAUAUAGUAGAAUGGUGUAAAAUGUCAGAAGAAUAUUCUUGUGAAAUCAAUUGGAAGAAAGUUUCAGCAGACAGCACUGGUUCCAUUCUACAAGAGAAUAUUGAACCCAUGAAACGUUAUGCCAUCUCCAUCUACCCUCUCCUUUUAAAAGGACUUGCACUUCCAUAUUCUACUGAAGCCUAUUCCAAGCAAGGUGCUCCACUGACUGGCCCGAAAGUAAGUGCAAACCGUAUUUGGAAAUCUAAGGCUGAGGUCAUCUGGGAGGAGAUUCCGACCAGCAAGCGCCAAGGUUUCAUUCGGAAUUACACAAUAUUCUACAGUGAUAAGACAGGGCCUGUUCAAUAUAUUGUGAGAAGUGGUCUGGAAAGGAGAUACACGUUGACUGGGCUUCUGGCUGCUACUAAUUAUGAGGUGAAAGUCAUGGCAACAACUGAUGCAGGUGGAACAAAUGGUUCAGUCUUGAAUCUUACCACAAAGAAAUCUGAUGAUGGGAACAUCUUGAUUAUCAUUGCAUGGCUUUUCCCAAUUCUCCUUCUCUUGAUGUCCGUUCUGCUUUUGACGUACUUUCUUCUCAGAAAGAUGUUAACUGGACAACUAUGGCCCAAGAUACCAAACCCUGCAAACAGCACCCUUGCAAGCUGGACCCCAGGGAGGAAAGCCCAGGAUUGGAAUUGUUUGGAAGGAGUUCCUGACCAUGUUGUUUCCUCUGUUACGUUACUUCAAAGAGAUGCAAGACAAAACACUGCUUUUGGAGGAAAAUCAAAACCCUUGCUUGAUGAUGAAAAUGCUCAGAGCAUUGAUUUGAAUAUAAAGAGCACCAAUGGUGUAGAGACCCCGCACUGUUGCUUAGAGGGGCAUAAUUAUGUUGUUUACAUGCCAUACCACAAUCUUUCUGAGGAGACUCAGUAUGCAACUGUGAUGCAUUCAAAACACCAGAUAGGUCCACCCACACUCUUCUUGAGGUCAAAUUCCACUCAACCACUUCUGCAUGACUUGACCUCAAGUCCCAAACCGUAUGAGAAUCCAUGGUUUACAAUGUCUGAUACAAAUCACAGUGAAUUGUCCCAGGACUUUUCACUGUCAGAUAUUAUGGUUGAAGAGGAGGAAAUCUGGAAAACGUUCCCACUUUUGUGGGGUCUAGUGUCUGAGCACAAAGCUGAUUAAGUGGUGACACGGUUGUGACCUGUUGGUGAAUUACAGAAAUGGUGAUAUAUUGAUGAUGCAUUGAUGCUUCAAAAGGUGCCGCAAUCAUCAGUGCUGAAUGGUGACAGCUCUGCUCAGUGUGUAGGUGCGAGCAACACCAUUGGCCCAAUUCCUCUACUAUUUCUGCCCAAACCUGCAAAUCUUUUCUUCCCUUCAUGGAAUUGUCUACAUUCCUUUUGAAACCACUUGUGAAUCUGCUUCUUCAACAAUCUCAAAGUGUAUUCUGGAUCUCAACCAUUGGCUCUGUAACAAUGCUUUUCUCCUGUCACUUUUGGUACUUUUGCUGAUCACCUUAAAUCAAUGUCCUCUGCUUUUUGACCAUUCCACCCAUGGGAAAAGUUUCUUCAAGCCAUUCUAGAACAUAGAACAGUACAGCACAGUAUAGGCCCUUCGGCCCUUGAUGUUGUGCUGGUUUUCUAUCCUACUCUGAGAUCAGACUAACCUACGUGCCUUUCAUUGUACUAACUUCCAUGUGUCUAUCCAAGCAUUGCUUUAAAUGUCACUGAUGUAUCUGACUCUACCACCACUACCUGGCAGUGCAUUCGACACACCCACCACUCUGUGUGUAAAGAACCUAUCUCUGACAUCUCACCUAAACAUUUCUCCAUUUACCCUAAAAUAAUGCCCUCUUAUGAGACAUUUCUGCCCGGAGAAAUUGUCUCUGACUGUCCACUCUAUCUCUGCCUCUCAACAUCUUGUACACCUCUAUUAAGUCACCUCUCACCUUUCUUCGCUCCAAUGAGAAAAGACAUGCCCUCCAUUUCAGGCAGGAACUCUCUGAUCAUUUGAAUAUCUGUGUCAAAUUUCUUUUCAACAACCAAUUCCCAAAGGAUAAAAAUCUCAACUUUGUCAAUUUACACAUGUAACUGGAACCAUUCUCAAUUUUGUUUCGGCUCCCUUCUAAAGAUUGUUACCUGUAGGUAGACACAAAACUUUAGUUAAAGCUGAGCUAGCAUUCACUAUAAACUCCUUACUUUUGUACUCUACACUUCUUUUCGCAAAGCCCAAUUUCUCCUUUUCCCAUCAACGAUUUUCACAAUGAAUCCAACUAACAUCAAUAAUUCAUAUAGAUAUACCUCCUGCCCCCUGCCCCUCUGCUCCUGCCCCCUCUGGAGAGAGAAUUAUAUCCUUCAUUUUUUCACCUUUUCUUAUUAAUCCAAAUAAAACACAUCAUUUCUCUAAAUUAAGCUUCAUCAGUCCAGCCAUUUAUCAGCUUCCUUAUGUCCUCUCACAAUUCACAAUGCUUCCAAUUUUAUGCCAUAAGGAAAUUUUGAAAUUGUGGCCUACACACCCAAGUUUGGUCAUUAGUAUCGGUCAAGCGAAAUUAUAAAUCAAGUUGAUUAAGAGUAGCUAUUCAGCCUAUCAAGCCCAUCCUGCAACUCUGUAUGAUCAUGUUUGAUCAACUACCCAUUUUCUGUUUUCUAUGACUCAAACAAUUUGUAUCCAUGCCGUCUCAAUUGCUUUUGUACCUUAGCAGCAGCUUAGUAGAUAAAGCAUUGUUAACGAAAAACUUUUGGAAGUCCAAGUAUACAGCAUCAACCACAUUUACUGUAAUCAAUUUUGAAAUGGAAUCAAAAGUGCAAUCAAGGUUAAUCCAACUGUCUACAAACAAAUCUGUGCUGCAAUCUUGAAACUUGUCUUCCCUUGUCAAAGUGACUGUUAAUUUUGUCCCAGAAUAUCAUUUCUCGAGGUGCUAGUCAACUGACUUGGCUACCAAUGCCACCAAUGCUGCAGUUUCCAUUCCUGUUGUAGCUGAUGUGAAGUUGACACCUUCCUCACCUCAUAGAGUCAGAGUCACAGAGAUAUACAGCAUGGAAACAAACCCUUUGUUCCAACUAAUCCAUGCGGAGCAGAUAUCCUAAAUUAAUCUUGUCCCAUUUGCCAGCAAUUGGCCCAUAUCCCUCUAAACUCUUCCUAUUCAUAUACCCAUGCAAAUACCUUUUAAAUGCUGUAAUUGUACCUGCCUCUGCCAUUUCCUCUGGCAUUUCAUUCCAUUCAUACACCAUCUUCUGCGCGUAAAAGUUGCCCCUUAGGUCCCUUUUCAAUCUUUCCCUCUCACCUUAAUCUUAUCCCAACAUAUUCAGCCUCUCAUACCAUCCAACUCUGGCAACAUCUUUGUAAAUCUUUUCCGAACCCUUUCAACUUUAACAAUAUCCUUCCUAUAGCAAGGAGACCAGAACUGAAUGAAAAUUCCAAAAGUGGUCUAACCAAUGUCCUGUAUAGCCUCAACAUGACCUCCCAACUCCUAUAGUCAAUGCACUGACCAAUAAAGGCAAGCGUAUUAAAACACCCUGUCAACCUGUGACUCUACUUUCCAGGAACUAUGAAUCUGCACUCCAAGAUCCCUUUCUUGGGCAACACUCCCCAUUACCAGUUCUGAGGGUCACCCGACCAGAAACAUUAACUCUGAUUUCUCUUCACAGAUACUGCUGGAUUCGCAGAGCUUUUCCAGCAACUUCUGUUUUUGCUCCCCAUUACCUUUCCAUUGAAUGUAUAAGUCCUGCCUUGAUUUGCCCUGCCAAGAUGCAGCACCUCCAUUUGCCAUUCAUCGGCCCAUCUGAUCAAGGUCCCAUCAUACUCUGAGGUAGCCUUCUUGGCUUUCCACUGCACCACCAAUUUUGGUGUCACCUGAAAAUUUACUAACCACGCACCCUAUAUUGACAUCCAAAUCAUUUAUAUAGAUGACAAAAACCAGUGGACCCAGCAUCGAUCUCUGUGGCACACUUAGUUCCAGGGCUCCAGUCCAAAAAGCAUCCCUUCACCACCACUCUCUGUCUUCUACCUUCAUGCCAAUUUGGUAUACAUAUGAAUAGUUCUCCCUGGGUUCCAUGUGAUCUAACCUUGUUAACCAGUCAACUAUGCAAAACUUUGUCGAACGCCGAACUCAAUUUCACGUAGACAACAUCCAUCGCUCUGCCUUCAUCAAUCCUCUUUGUCACUUCUUCAAAACAGUCAAGGUAGUGAGUCACAAUUUCCAAUGCACAAAGCCAUGCUGACUAUUCCUACUCAGUCCUUGCCUUUCCAAAUACAUGUAAAUCCAUCCCUCAGAAUCCCCUCCAUUAACUUGCCCACCACUAAUGUCAGGCUGACUGGUCUAUAGUUUCCUGUUUUUUCCUUAACACAUGUACAGAAUGGGCUGAAGGGAUAACUGUUAAUGAUGAUAUUUGACAGCUGCAUGAGAGAAUAGAUUGUAUUGGAUGGGCUGAAAUUGUUGAUGAUACUUGACAAGCUGACUUUAAUUGAACAUUCCUGUAUAUGCCACAGACAGCACAACCAAACUUGUUUUCAGUACUAGCAAGCAGUUUUGUCUUCUGUAUCUGUUUCUCCUUUAUGCUGGUUGUUUGUUACACUAUAUAAGAGAGCAAGAAUUUUGUUCCAAAUCAUUAGACUUCACCUGGAUCAGAAUCAUUUGAGGGGUCCCCGACAUGCAGAAGGGUGUGAGGCUCAUUGCUUUCUUUUCCAUCUUUUGUUUAUUACCAAAUAGAUGUCCAUUGUUCAGCCUUUUAUUAUUACUCAAUAAAUGUUCAUAUUUAAGCAAA